AUGCGUCGGAAAUUCAACUAUUUCUACCCCCUUUUGAUUUCCCUCUUGUUCAUCUUCCUAUUUUACAGCCUGCUGUCCAGUAGUGGUGAUCAGAAUUUUGAAAGAAAGAAAGGCAAAUCUGACAGCUCCAUUUUACGAUCAAGACCAGCUGUUCAGCGUAAAGCGGUAGCUAGCCAGAAAUACCAAGCAAUCGCCAAGAAAUGCUCCAGCUAUGUGGACUACGCAUCGGUCGCACAUAUUAGGGACACAGAUGAGGCAACACCACUCAAUCUUCCCUUUCAAAGACCACCAGAAAAUUGCAGAACCUUCAGGUCUUCGGUAGUGGAUCUGUUUUUGGAAAAGUUCACUAAAUUGCUCAAAGAUAGGGAUUUAGCGAAAUUGUUCGAAAACACUUUCCCCAAUACCCUGGAUACUACAGUGCUGUGGCACGUAACAGCCCGCGAAAAUCAGAAGCUGCUCAAUCACAAGCGGAAACCCCUGUUGUACAGAAACGAUGUUCCCGAAACUUUUAUCGUUACCGGCGAUAUUCAUGCCGAGUGGCUAAGGGACUCGGCAUGGCAGUUGUCUGUCUAUCAGCCAUUCAUAAAGCGCGAUCCCAGGAUCAAAGAGCUGUUGCAUGGUGCAAUCAACACACAGGCUCAAUUGGUGAUGGAAAACCCAUUCUGCAACGCAUUCAACCCGCCACCCUAUACAAACGUCGAAAGAGCCGACAGCACAGUUGAUAAAGUACGCCCUUACCCAGACUGGCGUCGCGUUUUUGAAUGCAAAUACGAGAUUGAUUCUUUGGCGUCGUUCCUCACAUUGUCCCGGCAAUUCUACGAGAAUGCAAACCCAGAAGACCGCUUUUCCUUUGUAAAUCUCGAUUGGCUUUUAGCGGUGAAAAGAAUUCUUGAGGUACUUUUGCGAGAGUCCUCGUCCACCUUCUCAGAAGAGGGUGCCCCCAACGAGUUCCCCUACACUUUUCAGCGAGACACCAACGUGGCAUCUGAAACUCUGCCGCUUGCCGGUACUGGAAACCCAGUCAACAGUGGCACAGGCCUGGUCAGAUCGGCUUUUAGACCCAGUGAUGACUCCACAAUCUUUCAAUUCUUUAUUCCUGGAAAUGCGUACAUAUCGGUGGAAUUGGAGGCGUUAUCUCGCAUUUUAGCGGAUUGUAUCAAGAACGAAAAGAUGCCCGAGCAGUACACUCCCGAGAUUGAGGAAUUGAAGGAAACUUCAGCGAGCCUUUCUCAACGAAUCAAAACGGGUAUUAUGGAACACGGCGUUGUGAACCAUCCAACUUUCGGCAAAGUUUUUGCUUACGAGGUAGACGGAUAUGGAAGUUCUGUGCUUAUGGAUGAUGCCAACAUUCCAUCGCUGCUAUCUUUGCCCGAACUUGGGUUCGUCAGUGUCGAUAAUGUCGUGUACCAGAACACCAGACGCAUGGUCACCACCAAAGAGGGCAACCCCUACUACAUUGCAGGGGACCACUUGCAGGGUAUUGGUGGUCCCCACAUAGGGAUUCACAAUGCAUGGCCGCUUGGACUGAUUGUGGCUAUUCGUACGUCAGAUGACGACCAGGAAAUUAGUGACACUCUUUCGGCAAUUUUGCAUAGUACAGGCGGUCUCGGACUAAUACAUGAGUCUAUACAAGCUUUCAAGCCUGAUGGGAACACUUUCACAAGGCCUUGGUUUGCUUGGGCCAAUUCGGAAUUUGCAAAAACCAUUUUGCAUCUGGCAGAGACAAGGCCACACCUCAUAUUUGGGAAACAGUUUUUGAGCGAAAAGUUUAAACUACAGAGCUUCCUGGCUACGCUGGGCGAGAGUCAGGAAAUAAGCUGA